GUUUCUCAGUUGUUCCUUGCCGGUCAUUUCAAGAUAGACUAUUAAGCAGGUAGCAUUGAAUCACAAAAGACUUAAAAAAAGACGUAUUUUUAAAAAUUAAGAAGAAAAUGCUAAAACUUUUACUGAUAAUUCCGAUUUUACAAAUUGUUUGUACGUCGGCUCAAGAAUCUCCAAUCCAAAGUGCAACCCAAACAGAAUCUCCAUGGAUGGUUUACUUUGAAGUUAAAGGCCAUCGAUGCGGUGGUGCAAUGAUUGAUGACUAUCACGUCUUAACCGCUGCUCAUUGCUUUGAUCGCAUUAAAUACUCGGAAUUUAAAAACACCAGAAAAUUGCGAGAAGCACUCAAAAUUCGAAUUGGUGAAUGGAAGACAGAAAGUGAUCCAGACUGUGGAGAAGACGUUAGUGAUGAGGUUUGUGACACGACGGCUGAUAUUUUACCAAAGGAAGUGAUUCUCCAUGAGAAAUAUAACAAAAGAGACCAAGAUAAGAGAUUUCAAUACGAUAUUGCAAUUAUUAAGCUUGGAUGGCCACCAAGGAGGUCGGAGGUCAUCAAUGUUCUUCGAUUGACGAACCCUGAACGAUGUGAGGAGGCAACAAGUGGCGAAUUCUGGAAGACAACUGGUUUUGGCGGAGAUUCUAAAGUCAAAAAGCGAAUGGAAAUGGUUUUAUUGUCACAUGAAGAAUGUGUCAAGAGCAUCGAUGAAUCACAUCUGCGUAAACUUAACGAGGAUGUUCAUGUCUGCGGACGAGGUUUGAAUGGCGAAAAGACAUGCAAGGGUGAUGCAGGAAGUCCAGUCACAAAUCUGGUCGAAGGAAUUCCAUACUUACAGGGCAUUGUGACAUUUACUGAUGAAGAAGAAUGUAUUGAAACUGAAACAAAUACAGCAUCUGUCUUCUUAAGAGUUCCAUGCUUUUACGAAUGGAUCCACUCAAAGGUUCCAAACAUUAGCCAUGCUUUUAUUGAAAAACCAAAACCACCACCAACGUCAGGUGAAAAUGAAGACACUGGAAGUAUUGAAGUUUUUGUUGCUGGUGAGUCUACAACUGCUCGACCACUUGGAACGACUCAUGGAAAAAUUCCACCGCCAACAACAACAACAACAGCAAGAAGUAGAAUUACACCAUCAACUUCAACUAGAUCAACAACUAAAUUCACAACGUCAACUAGAAGAGUUGUAAUUUCAAGAUCAACAACCACAGAAGCGAUUAAGGUUACAAAUGAACCUGAUGACUAUCAUGAUGACAAAGAACCUGAAGCUGAUUCAACCACAAGAGCCACAACACAAGCAUGGAGAAGAAAAACAACACCUAAACCAAUAUCAACAACAAAGCCUGUUGAAACCACAACAGAAGAUGAAUCCAUUCACUUUAAUGUAAAUGACCCAAAAAAUCCAAACUAUUCUUUCAGUAGUGCAAGUGCAAGUAGUGCUAGCAGCUCGGCUAAUAAUGAUAAAGGUCAUUUGUAUGACAUAAGAAUCGACACAGGUGAUGAUAAAGUUGAAGAAACUUCAACGACCGAAACAUCCAAUAGAUUUAAAAAAUUUACAAAGUCUACUAGAGCUACUACCCCAAGCGAUUAUUAAAAGACAGCUUUCUUUUUCUUUUUGAAGUGUUGAAGCAUUUUUUGUAGAUCUUGAAUUCAAAAUUAUGUAAUUUUUGACUAAAAAUAAAAUGUAAAGACUUGAAGCGUUUUUUAAUAAAGUCAUUUUUAGCAAUAA